AUGGCUUCCUCCCUCAUCGCACUCCAGUCGCUUUCGGCUCUGUCCUUCAGCACCGCCGUCAAAGGCGCUUCACUCUCAGCCCAUCGCCUAACAGCCGCUUCCGCCAUUGCGCCGUGCAGACCAGGUGUCACCGCCCUCCUCGGCUUCAACAAAUCCGCAGUCCCCGCUAAGACCAUCCCCGUUAAGAAGCAACUCCGAACCGAAGACGGCAUUUUCGGCACAUCCGGCGGCUUCGGUUUCACGAAAGCGAAUGAGCUCUUCGUCGGCCGCGUGGCGAUGCUCGGAUUCGCCGCGUCGCUCCUCGGCGAAGCCAUUACCGGGCAAGGGAUCCUCUCGCAGCUCAAUCUGGAAACCGGAAUCCCCAUCACCGAAGCCGAGCCGCUCCUGCUCUUCUUUAUCGCAUUCACCGUGCUCGGCGCGAUCGGCGGGCUGGGCGACCGCGGGCGAUUCGUUGACGACGAGCCUGCUGGUCCGCCCGUGAAACCCGGCAGUUUCAAGUCCGCGCUUGGGCUGAGCGAAGACGGACCGCUGUUUGGAUUUACCAAGGCGAACGAGCUUUUUGUGGGGCGCAUGGCUCAAUUGGGGUUCGCGGCGAGUUUGAUUGGCGAGGUGGUUACUGGGAAAGGUGCUCUGGCGCAGCUGAAUAUCGAGACUGGUCUGCCGGUAUGGGAGCUGGAGCCGCUGCUGCUGGCGAGCAUUGCAUUCUUCUUUAUCGCCGCUAUCAACCCCGGUACAGGGAAGUUCAUCAAUGAUGACGAGUAA